AUGGCGCCCAAGAAAACGGACUUCAGCGCCCGCAGCACCAAUCCGGAGUGCCGAAAGCGCCAAUCAGGAGUGCCGGCAGCGCCAAUCGAGAGCUCCGAUGGCGCCGAGAGCAAUUUGAUACCCAGCGCGGCCCCAUCAGCAAAUGUAAACAACUUGAAGAGUUCUUUGGCAAGGAAAUCAAAUAUCAAGAAAACUGAGGCGCCGACUAUCUUCCGCCUCUGUCGGGUGAGGUACCGUCCGAUGCAAAAGUGCUUUAAAACCUUUUUGCUCAUCUCCUUUGGGGUUUCAUACCCACGCGGUGUUGCCCUCUCUCUCCCACCUUCCUACUGCAAUAAAUCAAUGUCAGUUUCUGUCAAGCAUGUCCUGUUCCACUCUCUCUGCUAUUCCUCUUCUAUCCACCGCAAAGAGCAUGACUCAAUCUCCUCGUUGCUUAGCAGGAAAAGGGACAUCCUUUCUCUUCAAGGAUGCCGUAUUCAGCAUUGGAAUUUUAGUACCUGUUCUAUUAAGUGCGGUCAACCUUCCAAUUUAGCUACCAGUUCAGUUAAAUUAAAACAUGGUUUGACUAUGGUGGAUAAGGCAUCUUAUCAGCAGGUACAAUCUUCAUUUUCUGGUCUCAUGAAUGGCUGGGAAAAGGAUAAUGAAAGAGUUGGGUAUAACAGUAAGAAUGAUAGAUCGCAAGCACAUAGAUCGCCAGCAAUAAAAGGUGAUGGCAAAAAUGCUUUAAACACUUUAAGAAACUCGUCUUCCAAUCCAUACUUAGGGAGUUCUAGAAAAGCAUGGCGGCAAAUAGCGGAUGAAUGGGAGCAACAGAAGGCUCAAUAUUCUGUAAAUAAUGCAAUGCCUGUAGAGGCUCCAGAUAUUGUUCAUGAUGUGGAAAAGGAAGAUGCUGAAAGAAACAUAUUACAAGAGCGAAGCUCUUCUGAGAUAUUUCCUUCUUUAACUUAUAACUCUGAUCCAUUUGUCCAACAAUCUGCACACUUAUUUGUUGGGGAAACUACUGAGCUGCCAUGCAAUCCAAAAGAAUGUGAUACUCACAGUGAGGAACGUAAGCGGAGACUUACUAAAAUAUAUGACAAAGUCGUAGUGGUUGAUAAUGUCAGUACUGCAGAGGAAGUUGUUUGCAUGCUUACCACAAAGUAUAGGAAUCAUAUACAUGCAUGUGAUACUGAGGUAGCGAAAAUUGAUGUUAAGCAGGAGACUCCCGUUGACCAUGGAGAGAUUAUAUGUUUCAGCAUCUAUUCUGGGCCUCAAGCUGAGUUUGGGAAUGGAAAAUCUUAUAUUUGGGUGGAUGUGCUUGAUGGUGGACGCGAUGUCUUGAUGAAAUUUGCUCCUUUUUUUGAAGACCAAACGAUUAAAAAGGUUUGGCAUAACUAUAGCUUUGAUCGUCAUAUUAUGGAGAACUACGGAGUUAAGGUUUCUGGGUUUCAUGCCGAUACCAUGCACCUUGCAAGACUUUGGGAUUCUUCAAGAAGAAUUGAUGGUGGAUAUUCGCUUGAAGCCCUUACGAGUGAUCCAAUUGUCAUGUCCGGAACUGGGUUUCACACUAACGAUGAAUUUAUGGGGAAGAUAUCUAUGAAGUCACUAUUUGGGAAGAGAAAAGUGAAAAAAGAUGGUUCAGAAGGCAAAUCCAUUACGAUUGCUCCAGUCGAGCUUCUUCAAAGGGAAGAAACUAUACCAUGGAUUUGCUAUUCUGUUUCAGAUUCUAUAAACACACUUAGACUUUAUGAAAGUUUAAAGGCAAAGUUGGAGUCUAUGGACUGGGUUUUUGAUGGUGUUUGGAAAGGUUCGAUGUAUGAAUUUUAUGAAGAAUACUGGCGCCCAUUUGGUAACCUCUUAGCUAACAUGGAAGCUGAAGGACUGCUUGUUGAUCGCGGCUAUCUUUCAAACGUAGAAAAAGUUGCUGUCGCUGAACAAGAGGUCGCUGCUGAUAAAUUCCGUAGUUGGGCUUCCAAGUAUUGUCCUGAUGCAAAAUUCAUGAAUGUAGGAAGUGAUGCUCAAAUCCGUCAGCUUUUUUUUGGCGGAGCAGCUAACAGAAAAGAUGAAGAGCAGAAGUUGCCGAAUUCCAAGACCUUCAAAGUGCUCAAUGCUGAAAAUGUUACAGAAGAUGGAAAAAAGAUUCCAUCUAAAUAUCGUAACAUUACUCUGCACUGUUUUGAUAAAGAUAUGCAGGCAGAGUUUUUUACAGCUUCUGGCUGGCCCUCAGUGAGUGGUGAUGCUUUGAAGGCCUUUGCUGGAAAAAUUUCUCCGGACGGUUCUAAUCUGAUGGUUGAUGGAUUUGAAUCAGAACCAGACACUAAGCAUAAUUCAUUUAUAGAGGAACCAUCUGAUAAUAGUCGACAUUCCAGAGAUUUAUCUGUUUACGGAACAGCUUAUGAUGCUUUUGGUCGCGGUAAAGAAGGGAAAGAGGCCUGUCAUGCUAUAGCUGCACUCUGUGAAGUUUGUUCCAUUGACUCUUUAAUAUCUAACUUCAUACUUCCUUUGCAAGGCACUCACAUAUCAGGUAAGAAUGGCCGUAUUCAUUGCUCAUUAAAUAUUAAUACAGAAACUGGACGCUUGUCAGCUAGAAGACCGAGUUUACAGAAUCAACCUGCUCUAGAGAAGGAUCGAUACAAAAUUCGGCAAGCUUUUAUUGCUGGACCGGGAAACUCGCUUAUAGUUGCUGAUUAUGGGCAGCUGGAGCUCAGGAUUUUAGCUCAUCUUUCAAAUUGUAAGAGUAUGUUGGACGCCUUUAAAGCUGGUGGAGAUUUUCACUCAAGAACAGCUAUGAAUAUGUAUGCACAUGUUCGAAAGGCUGUAGAUGAUAGGAGAGUACUUCUUGAAUGGCAUCCCCAAACAGGAGAAGAGAAACCACCAGUCCCUUUGUUGAAGGAUGCUUUUGCUGCUGAAAGGAGGAAGGCAAAAAUGCUUAAUUUCUCCAUUGCUUAUGGAAAAACUCCUGUAGGGCUCUCAAGAGACUGGAAGGUGUCGCUCAAGGAAGCCAAGGAAACAGUAAAAUUAUGGUACAAGGACAGACAAGAAGUAUUAAGAUGGCAAGAAGAACGCAAAAAGGAUAUGCUAACCAAGCAGUAUGUUCAUACUUUGCUUGGCCGUGCACGUCGCUUUCCAUCAGUAGCUAACGUGAGUAACGCUCAAAAAGGCCACAUUGAACGAGCUGCAAUUAAUACUCCAGUUCAGGGUAGCGCAGCAGAUGUUGCUAUGUGUGCAAUGCUUGCGAUAGACAUGAAUACUCAGUUGAAGGAACUUGGAUGGAGGUUGAUUUUGCAGGUGCAUGAUGAAGUAAUACUCGAAGGCCCAACAGAGUCUGCGGAGAUCGCAAAAGUGAUAGUAGUUGAGUGCAUGUCGAAGCCCUUCAAAGGAACGAACAUACUCAAGGUUGAUCUUGUUGUGGACGCCAAGUGUGCCCAUAACUGGUAUGCUGCCAAGUAGUUGGUCCCUCGGACAUUCAGCUGUAUUUUUGAAGCAUCUUGCUCUCAGUUUUUCAAUUGCUAGAGCAAAAGUUGUGAUGGCCGUUGAAGUGCUUACAGCUACUCGAUGUGGAAUGAUUUUACAAAUCAUCUCAUCUUGAUUUUGUCCUCGAAGUUGUGCUUCAUCUAGAGGAAAGUUUAGACUAUACGUCGGCUGAUUUAGUUCGACUUUGAAGAGUAUUUUUUGUUAUCAGAAUGGUGGAGACCAUGCCGGAGUUUCUGUUCUGAAUAAAUGAUUUGAUUAAUUUGAAAGUUUAGUAUUA